AGUGAAUAAAAUAUUGCUAUUUUCUAUAGCCUAAUCGAAAGAGCUCAUUUUUCUGAGUAUAACGUGAUUUUAUUGAAUUCCAACACCUUUGUUUUGAUGGUUAAAUCAACAAAACAAUUUUAAUUUUCGUGGAUAGAAUGACAGUUCAAUCGUUAAAGUGACAGUUCGACCCGAACAAAAAAUUUUCCCCAUACAAACUUUAAAUGCAUUUUAAAAAUAGUUCCCGGACUCCAAAAAUUAUGAAAUUUUGGAUUUCGACUAAUUUUUGGGCGGAGAAUCCGAUUAUGAAAUAAUCCGGAUACCCCUAAAGAACCCAAUUGAGCAACGGUUGAUUUUUGUCCAUGCGUCAGGCAGUCGUUUCUCAGUGUGCACAUCGAAAAUCAUAACAAAAGGCCUUCUGUAAAAGUCAAAAUACACGUACAGAAAGUGCACAUUUUACGCGGACGUUUUAGUUUGUUAUGAAAGUUAUGAAACGAUAAUCGUGUUAGAUCGCCUGAAUUAUUGGUAAAAGUUCAUAUUGAAUUUUAUUAUCAAGUGCAAUGCAUAUAAUGCAUAACAACACUUGAACCGGUGAAGUUGUAAAUUAAGUAAAAUAUGAACACUCUUGGGCGUCAUCUCUUCCCACGUAAGUUCAAUAAAUCAUGCAUUAUAACAGCGGCUCGUUGGCUCAACCAGCAGCCAGAAUCCAAACCGACGAUCAAGGACCGAAUUCGCGAAGGACCAGGCUUCCGGGAUUUCCUGCAGCAACCGUCAAUUACCCCGGUAGGUGAUCAUGUACUGGCUGCGGAUGUGCCUUACCUAUCACGAGAAUCCGUGCUUGGGCGUGGACGUAAGGUAUUCUUCGAGAUCUACGGUUGCCAGAUGAACACGAAUGACACGGAAAUAGUGUGGUCCAUACUGAAAAGUCACGAUUUCCGGCGGACGGGGAACAUCAAGGAUGCCGAUGUGGUACUGCUGAUGACUUGUGCUAUUCGAGAUGGAGCCGAAAGCACAAUCUGGAACCGGUUAAGGCACAUCCGACUGAUGAAGGGUAAGAGAGACGAAGUGAACAAGCCCUUGCAGAUAGGAAUUUUGGGUUGUAUGGCAGAGCGGCUGAAGAAACAACUGGUCGAGAAGGAACAAGCGGUGGACGUCGUUGCUGGACCCGAUAGCUACAAAGACCUGCCGCGGCUGCUGGCGGUGGGCCAAGGUGGUCAGAAGGCAAUCAACGUGAUGCUUUCGCUGGACGAAACAUACGCCGACGUGAUUCCGGUCAAGUUGGAUCGAAAGUCCCGGACUGCGUUUGUGUCGAUCAUGCGCGGAUGUGACAACAUGUGCUCGUACUGUAUUGUCCCAUUUACCCGGGGAAGGGAACGAUCCAGGCCAAUUGAUUCGAUCCGAGAGGAAGCGUUGCAUCUGCAAGCCAAAGGCAUCAAGGAAAUCACCCUCCUUGGUCAGAAUGUCAACAGUUACCGAGACAUGAGUGGAAUGGCAGAGGAUGCCGAAAAACAAGCCUCUAUUUUGGCGCCUGGUUUCAAAACCGUGUACAAGACCAAAGUUGGAGGUCUUCGGUUUGCGGAACUACUGGCGGAUCUAGCGGAGACGGUACCGGAAAUGCGUAUUCGGUUUACCUCGCCACAUCCAAAGGAUUUCCCGGGUGCUGUGCUGGAAACCAUCGCUAGGUAUCCCAACAUCUGCAAAAGUUUACACCUGCCGGCGCAGUCGGGAAGCUCGAGCGUUCUGGAACGAAUGCGGAGGGGUUACACCAGAGAAGCUUAUUUAAAUUUGGUGGACGAAGUCCGUGCGCUCAUACCCGACGUAACCCUAUCGAGUGACUUCAUAUGCGGAUUCUGCGGGGAAACCGAUGAAGAGUUCUCUGAAACGCUUUCGCUGAUUCAGCGCGUCAAAUAUCAUACGGCGUUUCUGUUCGCUUACAGCAUGCGAGAGAAAACAACGGCCCACCGUCGUUACCAGGAUGACGUUCCAGAGGAAACCAAGCAGCAACGCCUUCGGCAAAUGAUUGCCGCGUUCCGUGCGGGAGCUGAAGAGCUGAACCGGCAGUACAUCGGGCGCGAAGAGCUGGUUAUGGUUGAAGGUGCUAGCAAACGAUCCAAAGAUGACCUCUCCGGCCGAAAUGACGGUAACAUUAAGGUAAUUUUGCCCGGUGGAGAUGUGCCCAUGGGUGAUUCCAAUUCGAAAGAGCGGAAAACGAUAGUCAGUGGUGAUUAUGUGGCGGUUAGGAUAGUCGAAUCGAACUCGCAAAUAUUGAAGGGCAUACCUCUUUAUCACACGACCAUCCACGAUUUCGCGGCACGGAAGGUGUAAAAUGGUGAUGAUGCGUUGAAAUGUUUAUUGAAUAAACAGGAUUUUAAUUAAA